CUGCGGUAGGGUAUGUACAACACAAAUGUGCUGCUUGACCGACAUCGUGUCUAUACAGGUCGACAUGGCACCCAGGCCUCAAUAUUAGCCAGUUUCACGUCCUUCAACGCUUAACAGCAACCUGUUGCCUAAGGUGGCAAGGGAGAAGAUGACGUUAAUGCAGUGCAUCCUCACCCGUGGCACCCUGCAAAGGGCGCCGGUGAUGCAGCGAUUACUGGCGAGUGUUGCUGUCCAGGACCCACCGCAGCCACGGUGCGGCUGCCCCCUCGUCCGCCUGCCUCCCCCACGUCACGUGGUCUGGCACCGGUUCUCCACGUCGCCGUUGAGCAUGGCAGCGCAUCAGCCCAAACACCAGCCUUCCGGUGGGGAAACGCACUCCAGCUCUUCACCUCAAACGCCGUCAGAUCAACGAGAGGCGGCGGAAGAGGUGGACCCAUUGCAGGACAAGUCCAUCGGUCUUGUUCAGAGAUUUAAGAAGACCUUCAAACAGUACGGGAAGGUGUUGAUCCCUGUGCAUCUCCUCACAUCCUCUGUCUGGUUUGGAACCUUCUACUAUGCUGCAAUGAAAGGCGUAAAUGUGGUGCCGUUCCUGGAGAUGAUUGGUGUACCAGAAUCACUUGUUGGACUUUUGAAAGAGUCAUCCAGUGGUUACGCUCUGACUGCUUACGCCAUGUACAAGAUUGCCACGCCUGCCAGGUAUACGGUUACUUUGGGCGGCACAUCUCUGUCCGUCCAGUACCUUCGGAAGCACGGGUACCUAUCCACCCCGCCACCGGUCAAAGACUACAUCCAGGACAAGAUGGAGGAGACAAAGGAGAAACUGUCGGAAAAAAUGGAGGAGACAAAGGAGAGGCUUUCAGAGAAAAUGGAAGAAACCAAAGGGCGCUUCUCUGAGAAAAUGGAAGAAACUAAGGACAAGCUGUCUGAGAAGCUCCAGGAAACCAAAGACAGGGUAUCAGAGGGAAAGGCAUUUUUUAGGAAGGACAAAUGAGUAAAUAUUGCAGGCGAUGCCUCAAUAAAUGAAAAGAUGAGUGAUUUGGGAGCACCUCUAAGGCGCAUGUAACUUGGUCCUGAAAUUCCACCGCCAUCUGGCUCUUUUGUAUUCAAUUUAUGCGCUAAUCCACACACAGUCGUGCCACGCAAAGUACACUGUAAUUGUAGACCACAGCUUCCCUGGAGCUCCCCGACUUUAGCUCUUUGCUAAAUGAACAAUGUAUAAAGUUAGGUGAAGUUCAGGAAACACAACACGAUGCUAGUCCAACGUGAAGCUAAUGAUUAUACAACAGCAUGUACUUCCUCAACAUCAAGCCUUUCUAAAGGCUGGCUAUCACCUGCUGUCUUUUUGUACUGUAGAAAUCAGAAUAUCAGUUUUUCUAAUGUAUUUUUAUCUGUUGGCCAAAGCUAAUUUAUGACAGCGGGGCGACCAUCUAAUGUAUUUAACCCUUAGAUGCCCAAGGGACUGGACCCUACACUCUUCCAUAAGUGGCUCAAAAAUUACCCAUACCAGAAUCAAUGUGUUUUUAUGCCAAUUUUGCCAUUUUGGUUAGGAGUAAUCACUUGUAUGAUAUUUAGUAUUAUAUUUAGGACAACACAAGAAUGAUUUCAUGUUAGAAACAUCUUCAUUUUUCACUUUUUUUUUAUCUUUGAAAAAGAAAAUGUGAGGAUCCAUUGUGUAUUGCAUAAAGGUAAGUGUAAAUGUGGUAAAUGUAAACAGCAUGAUAUCAAAAAUAUGAUUUUUGAGAAAUACCUGGCAUAUGAAAUGAUAACUUUUUUUAAUUAUUUAAUUUUUCAUUACAAAUAUAUUUCAAGAAAACAACCUGACCGGGUCAUUUUUGACCCACUUAUGGAAGGUUGGGUUAGUAACACACAAACCAAAAUUUCUUAAAAUGUAUAAAAAAAAAGUUAAAAAUGUGAACGGCAUUAUAUCAAAAACAUGUUUUUUGAGGAAUACCUGGAAUAUGAAAUGAUAAAAAAUUUUCAUUACUAAGAUAUUUCAAGAAAACAACCUGACCAGGUCAUUUUUGACCCACUUAUGGAAGAUUGGGGUAGUAACACAAAAACUAAAAUUUCUUAAAAUUGAUAAAAGAUAAGUUAAAAAUGUGAAUGGCAUGAUAUCAAAAACUUGUUUUUUGAGGAAUACCUGGAAUAUGAAAUGAUGAAAAAAUUUCAUUACGAAGAUAUUUCAAGAAAACAACCUGACCGGGUCAUUUUUGACCCACUUAUGGAAGGUUGGGUUAGUAACACAAAAACCAAAAUUUCUUAAAAUGUAUAAAAAAAAAAGUUAAAAAUGUGAAUGGCAUGAUAUCAAAAACAUGUUUUUUUUAGGAAUGCCUGGAAUAUGAAAUGAUGAAAAAAUUUCAUGACGAAGAUAUUUCAAGAAAACAACCUGACCGGGUCAUUUUUGACCCACUUAUGGAAGGUUGGGGUAGUAACACAAAAACUAAAAUUUCAUAAAAUGUAUAAAAGAUAAGUUAAAAAUGUGAAUGGCAUGAUAUCAAAAACUUGUUUUUUGAGGAAUACCUGGAAUAUGAAAUGAUAAAAAAUUUUCAUUACUAAGAUAUUUCAAGAAAACAACCUGACCGGGUCAUUUUUGACCCACUUAUGCAUCUAAGGGUUAAUAGAAGGAGAUCAUCUAAUCAUGAUCGUCUUGUCAAGCAGCACUCAUUCAUGUUAGAAAUGGGCAAUAUCAACAGUAUACGUAAAUAUGUAAAUUUGGUUUCCAUUCUAUCACACUAAUGAGAUAAUUCAAUUUGAUGACCGACUACCGACAUCAUGUUCUUUGCGGUGCUGAGCUGCUCUUAAAUGACUAUUGCUAUGACGGAGAACAGAAACGGGAGGCCUAUGAAUAGCAGAGUGGUGAAAUAAAAAAUGUAUGCUUGGCAUACUAACACAAGUCUACCUGGAGCCGUGUUAGAUGAGCAAGUGUCUAGAAAAAGAAUAAUAAAUCAACUACUGUCACUGUUGCAAGCGUACAUGUCUGAAAACCGGACGUGAUCCAAGAAGAUGCCUCAGCAGACACCAGUUAUCAGUUACCAGUGUAACCUGGGAGCUUUCUGAGAUGCUUAUUAUUAUUAUUUAAAUCCUGAUACUGUUCCAAAUUUGCAAGAUGUACAUGUUUCACUGUUGGAUCUUACGACUGUUCUAUGUAGGCCUACAAAGUGCAAAAAGAAGAAAUGGGAGUGAGAGAAAAAAUGUUUACAGGAAACGAUUUAUUGCAAACAAGCAUUAAAUGAAAUCGGCUCAAAAGUUAGAGACCAACCUCUGAAACCCUGCUAAAAUAGAAAUAAAAUGUUGAAAAAAGGAGUGAGAAAUGGUGCCCUAAUGUGCCGUUCUUGUUAAUCGGGUGAAAAAUGGCUGAUUUCCAGGUUUCCAGGAGGCUAGUGGGAAUGUUGAUGGCUUCACGGAGGGCAUCCACUGUCUGCAACUGAUGUCUAUUUUUGUAAACUUCUCUUGCCAUCCAUCCCCAAAUGUUCUCCAUUGGAUUUUCAUGAGGGGAAGACCAGGAUGGUCCAAAAGAGUGAGCUUAUUCCUCUGGAAGAAGUCCUAUGUGAAGUUCAGCGUUGACUGUUGAAAAAGCCGGUCAUUAUAAGUCAUAAGGGAUGCCCCCUGCAACAUCUCCACAUACUAGAUGGGUGCCAUUUGACGCCCACGCACAACCAGAAGUUCCAUUGUACCAUUGAAGGCGCCCACUCUACUGUGUGAUGUGGAAAACAUCAGGACCAUCAAGGUUACACUUUUUCUCAUUCGAGAAUAAAACUUGCAAUGUUUGGCGCUCCCUGGCAAAUUCCAAACAGCCAAUUUUGUGGCACUGACGGACACCUGUCUUCUUCAAAGCUUUGAUGGCAGAUGGUGUCUGAUGGUUACUGGACUGCACUCGGCACUGAGGACGGUCCUGUGUCAUGAAAAACAGCCACUGGGAUUUUGACAUUUUUUGGGUCAAUGUGAAGUCAGUCUCUUUCCGUCCACAUUUUUGCCAGGAAUUUGCAUUUUAAAGGCAGUGUUCUUAAAGGGGAUCUAUGAUGCUUUUUCCAAUUUUCUGACCUAUAAAUGUAGUUAGAAUGUUCUCGUGUUAAACCAUGCCAACGUUUCAGAUAAUGAGGUUUGUGCCUUUGGAAGUGAGCCCUGAAAGAAGUUUGGGAUGGCUCCGUUUCAGCAGGUUUUUUCCAACCAUGGAUGCCUGUGAUGUCACAGAGAGCCGGACCUCAUAUGGGCGUGCCAGGAUACGCCAGCCCAUCUGCUGCACUCUUGUGGAAGAUUUUUAUUUUGUGUAAGUGGUUGUUCGUGUAGCAUUAUAAAGUGUGCAUGCAUGCAAAUUACAAGUUCACCGAUGUCUGGAACACAAGGGACAUUUGGCAGUACUCCGGAGUGUCACCGGUCACAGAGGAGUGGGCGUGCCGGGAGGCAGGCAGUGGGUGGAAUAAAUGAAAAGAGACCACUUAGGAAAUUCAGCUGGAAUAGGUGCAAACUCUGGAAGAUCUAGAAAGUCCACAACUCAAUAGAAAGGGUCGAAAAUGAGCAUAACGGGUCCUCUUUUUAAACGUUGAUCUUUGAAUUGACUUUAAUGCUUGUUUGUAAUAAAUUGUCCUUUAU